UCCUGGCCACAUCCCGUGUAUGAAACCCGCCAUCUUGUAGCGCUGAGAAGGAGAAGAGCAGCAGAUAUGGCUGAUUACAGCAGCGUGGCUCCACCGUCCUCUAACGCUGGUGGCGGAAUGAACGACGCUUUUAAAGACGCUCUACAGCGAGCACGACAGAUUGCAGCGAAAAUCGGCGGUGACGGCGUCGCAGCACCCCCAACUAAUGAAUUUGGCUACGGAGGCCAGAAAAGGCCCCUGGAGGACGCUGGUGGGUAUUUUCCCAUGCCUAACCUGAAUAUCGACCAACCAGAGACAAAGAAAGUGGCUACAAAUGAUGCCUUUUCAGCAAUGGGAGGAAUGGGUGGCCCCCCAAGGUCAAUAUCAGAGGAAUUCAAGGUUCCCGAUGGAAUGGUUGGAUUCAUUAUUGGAAGAGGAGGCGAACAAAUAUCACGUCUGCAGCAGGAGUCUGGAUGCAAAAUACAGAUUGCACCUGACAGUGGAGGCAUGCCAGAUAGGUCAGUGACAUUAACAGGACCACAGGAGUCCAUCCAGGCAGCAAAGAGGCUACUCACAGAGAUAGUUGAGAAGGGGCGCCCGGCUCCAGCUUUCAACCACAACGACGGCCCAGGAAUGACUGUCCAGGAGAUUAUGGUCCCUGCCUCUAAAGCCGGACUUGUCAUUGGGAAGGGAGGAGAAACUAUCAAAAGCCUUCAGGAAAGAGCUGGAGUGAAGAUGGUCAUGAUCCAAGACGGACCCCAAAACACAGGUGCAGACAAGCCACUCCGCAUUUCAGGAGAACCCUUUAAAGUUCAGCAAGCCAAAGAGAUGGUGAUGGAGCUAAUCAGAGAUCAAGGCUUCAGGGAGCAGAGGGGCGAGUAUGGUUCACGAGUUGGAGGCGGAGGAGGCGGCGGCGGAGGAGAUAGCUUGGAUGUUCCCGUCCCCCGGUUUGCAGUUGGAAUUGUCAUUGGCAGAAAUGGAGAGAUGAUCAAGAAAAUACAGAAUGACACAGGCGUCCGAAUUCAGUUUAAACCAGAUGACGGCAGCACACCAGACAGGAUAGCCCAGAUCAUGGGCCCCCCUGAUCAGGCUCAGCACGCCGCAGAAAUCAUAUCCGAUUUGCUGAGGAGCGUCCAGGCCGGUGGGCCUCCAGGACAUGGAGGUGGCAGGGGUCGUGGUCGCGGGCAGGGGAACUGGAACAUGGGCCCCCCUGGUGGCCUGCAGGAGUUUACCUUCACUGUCCCGACGAUGAAGACGGGUCUCAUCAUCGGAAAAGGUGGUGAGACAAUCAAGGGCAUCAGCCAGCAGUCUGGAGCCAGGAUCGAGCUACAGAGGAAUCCUCCACCCAACGCCGAUCCUAACAUCAAAAUGUUCACAGUUCGGGGCUCCCCUCAACAGAUAGACUACGCCAGGCAGCUGGUGGAGGAGAAAAUUGGGGGACCAGUCACUCCAAUGGGAGGCCCACAUGGCCCCCCUGGUCCACAUGGAGGUCCAGGCCCACAUGGUCCUCCUGGACCACCAGGCCCCCCAGGUGCUCCCAUGGGUCCAUACAACCCUGGACCAUACAACCAGGGCCCUCCAGGACCACAUGGUCCACCUGCACCGUACCAGCCUCAGGGAUGGGGCAAUGGCUACCCACACUGGCAACAAGGACAGCCGGAUCCAAGUAACGAAACUGGCUUGUGUCCAGAUAAAGCAGCAGCUGAUGCCAACGCAGCAGCGUGGGCAGCCUACUAUGCGCAAUACAGCCAGCAGCCGCAGGCUCCCAUGACCCCGACAAGCGGAGCUCCUGGCACGACUCAAACAAACGGCCAAGGUGACCCACAGGCUGCAGGUCAGAGUGGACAGGCAGAUUACUCCAAGGCCUGGGAGGAAUAUUACAAGAAAAUGGGUCAACAGAGUCAACAACCUCAGGACUACACGAAAGCCUGGGAGGAGUAUUACAAGAAACAAGGUCAAGCGGCCCCUCAGGCCACAGCAGCGGCAGCAGCAGCUUCCCAGCCUGGAGGCCAGCCAGACUACAGCGCUGCUUGGGCGGAGUACUACCGUCAGCAGGCCGCUUACUACGGCACAGCCAACCCUCAGACGAUGGGUGCAGCACCACAAGCCCCUCAGGGCCAGUAAUGUGAAGUGGACAUAAAGUAAAUGCUACAUUGUCGAAACAAAAUCCUUUGUUAAAUGUUUGGAUGCAGACGCCUUGAUGAAGAUCUUAAAUUUCCUUGGUUUGAAAGCGUUUCACAUAGAUGGCAGAUUACCCGGCGAACACGUCCUCUUUCAAUUUUUUUUGUUUUCCUUUUUCUUGUAAAUGCUUUGUUUUUAGUGAGGUAAUUAUACAUAUGGUCAUUCCAGCCCUGUAUCUACAUUAAAUGUGGUUAGAAGUCAUGUUUAUUAAACUGUAGACAUUACCAUGUAAAUCAUCUCAGUUUUAAAAUGCUAUUGCCUGUUGUGUUUUUGCAAUAAAACAAACUGAAACCUCCUGUGUUGGUAAGUUGGGGUGGUUUUAAACUAAAAGGGUUAAAAUGAGUUUCUGUAUGUUUGUUUUUUUUUUUUUUUGUUUGUUUUAUGGUGGGGAGUUUCAAAUGCAGGCCAUGUGUGGGUUUAAUUGUCCAAAAAGGUUGACUCAAAGAUGUGCUGUCCUGUCUCUCUCCAACUGUCUAUAAGGCUCUUAGAUACAUUAUGUGCGUGCAUUGAUCCAGAGGGGUUCAGACCAACAAACGUCCUUGUUGAUAGACCUUCUUUUUUUACACUUCUGUUUGCUCACAUUGCUCUGACUUUAGCAGUAGACAGAUGUUUGUCAUAAGAAAGUCGUCAGGUUUCUGUGUACCGUAACUCAUGCAUUAACGGCGUUGCUGUGGCACUCUUGAAUUUUACCUGGUUUGCUGACAUUGAGGUAGUAUGCACUGUAUUUUGCCUUGAUAGACACUUCCUCCUCCACAGGCAAGUUUAGAAAAGCGGUAAGCAAGUGUUCUUCUUAACAUGUUCCUCAGAAAACGUGGUUGCAAGAAAUGUUGCAUAUUUUUAGUGUUAUCUUUUUUUGUGCUGUUUUUUUCCAGGACAGCCAGGUAAAUUGCCAUUGUAUUGGAAAAUGCAUUGAAAAGUUUGUCUUGCCCAUUGAGAACUAACUCAUGUAUAAACUUGUUAUUUUUUUUUAAAAAUGUUUUUUUAAUAUAAAAACAUUGCAAAAAUCGUUUUUGCUGUGCCCAUUCUGUUAGUGUUUAUCCAAUAUCAGAAAAUAGACGUUGUAGGGUCGGUGGCUAAGCAGUCUUCAUCCAUCAGUUGAGCCCUCCUAUACUGUAAGUACAAAAUUGUGACUGAGAGAUACCCGCCUAUUUUUGAUGCUUUAUAAACUGCAAAAGAUGUAGUAUUUUUGUCAAAUAUUGCCAUUUUCCCCAUGUCUCUGGGUAAGUAUCAAAUGUUCUGAGGGGAGGAAUAGUGCUUUAGACUUGAACCAUGUUUCCGAGACUCAUUUCCCCUUGUGUGAUUCUACUGACUGCACAACAUUUAGACUUUAAAAUCUUUUACAGUAUGUUGACUUUGUAGAUUGUUAGACUAUUUGUGUAGGUAGCAUUUCAGUGCCAGUUGGAUUUCUGAACUGAGGGUUUGAAUGUCAGCACUCUGUUACACUGUUGGUAGGAACUGUUUAAGGAUGUCCAUGUGGUUCUUUUGCGUUUUGAAUUCCUGACCUGCUAAGUGCCAUUGUCUAGCUGAGACUGUCAUGUUAAUGCCAUUUAUUGCAACAUAUUGCUUAAAAGUCCCACUGCAUUACUUCAGUGUAGCAUGCUUAGGUUUCUGCUGUUAUUUUAAUGCCCUAUAUGAGCAUGUGGAAUGCUUAUAGUGGAAGAGCUUCUCACUAGUUCAGUACUGAUAAUGACAUUUUCUGAAUGAGCACCAUUGUUGAAAGGCUGUUAAUUUUAAAGUAAAACAAAGUCUUGCAAAACUGCAUUGUUCACUGAUGGCAAAGAGUGCAAUAUAUCUGAUCUUUGCAGUGUCGUCCCAGACCUUGCACCUUAGGUUCUGCUGCAAUAACACAGGUAAGCGAAACCUAAGGAAACCAGUGUUUUUGUCCAGUGACAUGAUCAAUAUACAUGUAAAGAAAUGCUUACCUGUGUCUUUAACAUGCCUCAAUGCAUUUAUGCUUAGUCAUAAAGAAAUGUCCAGGAUAUCUUAAGUAUGAGCAGCCUUUUUUUAAGAUCUUUCAUGAAUGAACUGCAUGACAUGAGCUGUAUGACUUUACCCAGAAAACGUUGUUGCAUAGGCUCACUGAGGAAAUGUUGUCAUUGUCGUCUGUGCUUAAUAAUUGAUAGCUUUAUCUUUGCAUCCCGGUAAGUCUGACAGUGACUGUAAUUUCGAUGCUUUAGACAACUUUGACACUGGUAUAGUAAACUGCAUGCCAUGCAAACCUGUUGUCAGAAGUUAGCAAUGUGCAAAGGUCAAUGUACUAGGUCAAACACGGUGAAAUACAUUUUCAUUUCUGUCGUGGUGUGAAUCUGCCCUCAAGUGCAGUGCAAAUCUGCUAUUGAAACGCUGCUGCCUUCACUUCUCGCUCACAGUGUUGGAGGAUGCUGCAAGCUUAGGUCAUAGAAUCAGGCCCUGUCGUAGUUUGUCCCCAAAAGGAGGAAUCCUUUGAGUCUAUCCCACUGCUGAACGUAGACCGUUCAAGAGCUCCAGUGAUAAGGUAAAAAAGCAACGCAAUGAAAUUUAAACUCUGUGAUUGCAAAGUGGUGUUCAGAUACAUGUUUUUUCCAGCUCGGAUUGACUGUUUCUUAACCAUGAUGCCAUAGUGUAUUUAGAGUUGUCUGAUGGUUUAUUUUAUCGCUUGAAUGCCUUCAAUAACCUUUUAGUUAAUAGGAAUGUGCUUUAGAAAGUUGGAUGAGGACAGGAACUAAUGUACUUUCAAUUACAUAUGCACUUUUAUUGGCAGUAAAUUUGGGGGUUAUCAGCUUAAAGUCACUACUUCUGUGUAGUUUAAGGGUCACAUUGUUUGUUUGAGGCUGUUCACUAUGUAUAUGUGAGAUGCUCAGUGUUUCAACACAGUUCGUGGGGGGUGUAGAAGACAAAACAAGGAGCAUGCCUUUAUAGAGGUAAAAGGUUUCAUGUGUUUUUGUAUAUUAAAUCUAUUCGUGGUUUGUUUUUUGAAUCAACUGUUCUGACUUUUGACAUGUUGCCAUGUUCAUUAAUAAAGUUGUAACAAAUAA